AUGGCCGACAAGCUUCGCAACCAGCAGGAACUCGAACGACUCCAGGCCAAGUACGUCGGAACCGGCCAUCCCGACACGUCUAGCUGGGAGUGGCGGACCAAUAUCCAGCGCGACACCUACUCCUCCAUCGUCGGCCACCGACCGCUCCUCACAUACAUCUCGCUGGCUGAGAACGAGCCCUUGACAAAGAUGCGAGCGCAAUUGAUCAGGAAAAUGAUUCAACCAUGUGGUCCUCCACCGCCCCGAGAGGACUGA